CCUGUAAGCACACGACUCUGUACAGGAUGCCAUGACGGAGGAUCAGCAGUCAGAUCCAGUAAGAGAACAGCAGCAGAGAGGUGUCCCCGUCCUCUUCUUCCACAGGAUCAGACCAUCAAUCAGUGUGAUGAUCUAAGAUAAAGUAAUCAUCCAGAGACAGAUAUGAGCAGUGAUGAGAAGUAUAAGGAGGACAUUCCUACAGGGAAAGAUCUGAUCUAUAUUAAUGUUACAGCCAUGAAGGAAGAAGAGACAGAUGUGAGCGGUGAUGAGCAGUAUAAGCAGGACAUUCCUACAGGGAAAAAUCUCAUAAAUAUUAAUGCUAGAGACAUAAAGGAAGAAGAGACAGAUGUGAGCGGUGAUGAGCAGUAUAUGCAGGACAUUCCUACAGGGAAAAAUCUCAUAAAUAUUAAUGCUAGAGACAUAAAGGAAGAAGCGACAGAUGUGAGCAGUGAUGAGCAGUAUAUGGAAGACAUUCCCACAGGGAAAGAUCUCAUAUAUAUUAAUGCUACAGACAUAAAGAAAGAAGAGACAGAUAUGAGUGUCGAUAUGAAGAAUAAGGAGGACAUUCCAACAGGGAAAGAUCUGAUCUAUAUUAAUGCUGCAGACCUAAAGAAAGAAGAAGCAGAGACAGAUGUGAGCGGUGAUGAGCAGUAUAUGGAGGACAUUACUAUACGGAACUAUCUGAACUCUAUUAAUGCUACAGACAUACAGAAAGAAGAAGAGACAGAUAUGAGCGGUGAUGGGCAGUAUAAGGAGGACAUUCCUACUGGUAACUGCCCAGACAUGACUUCAGAGUUUGCUGUGGAGACAUCUUUGGCCCCUAAUUCCUGCAACAUCCAUACACUAUGGUAA